UAAUAUUAUUGUAGUCACACAAGCCCUAAACUAUCACCAGUCGCAGCCGAGCCCGAGCAUAUCUGCAGCAACGCGCCACGAACGACCUCCCUCCGGCGAACCAGACCCGCGGCGGCGUCAUUCUUGCAGCACCCACUGUUCUCCCUUCUACGGCGGCGACACCCUGACCCGUCGGCGCUCGCAAACCCGCAGAAGCAAGAACCCAAGCUGUUUCGGUAAGAACCAAUUGGCAACGAACCGCUCGCUUGAUUGGUACUGAUUCCGUGCUUAAUUUUUCUGCCUAUAUCUGCUGACUGAUGGCGUUGGAAUCUGCUACUCGUGAUUCACUCUGUUUUCUUGUGUAUUGUAUGGUUCUGCUUGACUAACUUCUUAAUUUCACUGACAUAUGAAACCCUUGUAUUGCUUGUACUGUGUUGUUCACCUAAUAUCCUGAAGGUACUAUCUGCAUCGAUUCCAUUUGGUUUUCAACUAAUAGUUUCUGGAAGUUCUGAUAGGAUUUUGUCUUCAACUUCCCCUGCUAUUUUUGCAAUGGAAAAGUUGUUAUAUGAUCCUGUGAGACAGAAAUUAGUGUGUGGAGGGAGAUAGAGAACAUGAAACUUUUUCUGAGACAUUCAUUCCAGAUAAUUGUUUUGAUCUUCACUGCUUAUUGUCCAUUCUUGUUAUUUUUCUUCUCUGAAUUUUGACAGAAAUUGCUAUUCUAUCUUGAUCGUUCUUUAUGAACAUUUGAGGACCAAGGAUGUUGCCAACUGAUGACUCGAAAAAGAUAUCGUUUACCCGUUCCAUAAGUGACGGAGAUUUAGUCAUUGUCUAUGAGAGACAUGACAUCAUGAAGGCUGUUAAAGUAUGUGAAGGUUCAACACUUCAGAAUAGGUUUGGUGUGUUUAAACACUCAGAUUGGAUUGGGAAGCCAUUUGGAUCCAAGGUGUUGAGUCACAAAGGUGGAUUUGUUUACCUGUUAGCUCCAACUCCUGAAUUAUGGACUUUGGUACUAAGCCACAGGACACAGAUUCUAUACAUUGCGGACAUUAGCUUCAUAAUUAUGUUCUUAGAAAUAGUUCCUGGGUGUUUAGUUCUAGAAUCAGGGACGGGAAGUGGAUCUUUGACAACGUCGCUAGCUAGAGCUGUAGCUCCUACUGGACACGUACAUACGUUCGAUUUUCAUGAACAGAGGGCUGCCUCGGCCAGGGAGGAUUUUGAGAAGACAGGCUUGACUAACUUGGUCACUGUGGGAGUUAGAGAUAUUCAAGGUCAGGGGUUUCCUGAAGAGUUCGUUGGGCUGGCCGAUUCGGUUUUCUUGGACCUACCUCAACCAUGGUUGGCCAUUCCUUCAGCUGAGAGGAUGCUGAAACCAGAUGGGGUAUUAUGCUCCUUCUCGCCGUGUAUCGAGCAAGUUCAGAGGUCGGCAGAAGCUCUUCGAUCUAGCUUUACAGAUAUAAGGACGUUUGAGGUAUUGCUUCGGACAUACGAAGUUCGGGAAGAUAAAAUGGAGUGUAGCCAGGUUGAUGGAGGUGGUUCUGUUGGUCUUCCUCCAUGCAAGAGGCGGCUGAGAUCAAACCAAGCAAACGACAUGUCCGAGGAUCCGAGUACAACAGUCAUGGUUAAGCCGUGUAGUGAGGCCAGAGGUCACACUGGUUAUCUAACAUUUUCUAGACUGAGGUGCAUCUCAUAACAUUGAUUUUUUUACCAAGGAAAAUUGAAGUUUUGUAUUCUUUUUCCCUACUCUGGAAUGGAAUUUUGGAUCUCAUUUCAGUCGUUGAAUGUUAAAGUAAUUUUGUU